AUGGUUCAAGAGGUGGUCGAGGACGCAGGCCAUCUGUGCCUCUUGCUUCCAAAGUUUCAUUGUGAGUUGAAUUUCAUUGAAUACUUCUGGGGUGCUGUCAAAAAAUACCUGCGCAAUAAUUGUGAUUACACUUUCAACACCCUCAAGACCAAUAUGCCCUUGCGCUUGCCUCAGUCAGCAUCUCAACAAUCCGGAAGUGGGAACAGAGGAUGGUCUGUUGGAUGGACGCAUAUCGGAAGGGGAUGGAGACUCAACAGGCUCAGUUGGAAGUUUGCAAAUUCAGCUCACGUUCAUACAAAUCACACUGACGCAUCUUUGAAGGCGUUGCGCGCGCUUCUGACCAGUAGCAUAUGA